AUGAGAGAGCUGAGCUGUAAUUCUUUUGCAUCGUUUCAGAGGCUAAAAGCUGCAGUUCACUACACUGUUGGCUGUCUGUGUCAGGAUGUUGCAGAAGACAGAGACAUGCAGUUCAGCAAACAAGCCAUUGCAGCUAUUUCAGAGAUCACCUUCAGGCAAUGUGAAAACUUUGCAAAAGACCUUGAAAUGUUUGCAAGGCAUGCAAAACGAAGCACGGUCACGGCAGAAGAUGUGAAGCUUUUGGCUAGAAGGAGCAAUUCUUUGCUAAAGUAUAUCACGCAGAAGAGUGAAGAACUUGUAUCAAGUAACAUGGAGCAAAAGGAAAGGAAGAAAAAGAAGUCCAGCUCAGCAAAGGCAGGGAGACUUUCUGAGGAACAAGAAGCAGCUGUGGCUGAAAGUGAAGAUUCCAACAUGGCAUGAUUUUCCUUUCAAGUAACUUCUCUGAUCAUUUUUUCUUAUUACUGUAGCGCAGUCAGAGAUUGCUCUUGCAGGUUAGUGGAAGUGUUGAAGAUUUAGUCUUUUAGGUGAAUGUGAUUAGUUGUUUUUUUAGUUCCAAAGCUGAAGACUGUUAGAAUUCAGCAAAGUUUACAGACAAAAUUGCCUAAAUUGCUCACUAAGAGAGAUCUUACUGUCAUUAAAAAAAAAAAAAAACCCCUUUAUCUAAAAUUUAGAGCAAAGCAUUCUUACUCAGCGUAAAACUUCAGUAUGUGCACCUCCCUCCAUGCUGAUACUUAGUUUCUCCACUAACGGUGUGAUUCGUCCUUGCUUCUGUUGUUAAUACUUUUGUUUAGGUAUUAUUAUUUUACUUUUUAGUAGCAUAUCUCUCAACUGUUGUCUUGACAAUUAAAACAUUUUUUCGUCACUUUC